AGUCGCUUGAGUACGGUUCAUUGAUCGCUGAUCCUAUUUGAACCUUUCUCUUAUUUCACUCAUCGCGUAUCACUAUGGCUGGUCGUGGAGGCGGUGGAGGCGGUCGCAAGACCUUGCUCGCGCCAAUUCAUUUCAUUUUCAAGCUUCUUCAACAACGUUCCACCGUUUCUAUUUGGCUCUAUGAACAAUUGGCUUUUCGUAUAGAAGGAAAGAUCAGGGGAUUCGAUGAGUUCAUGAAUCUCGUCGUUGAUGAUGCGGUGGAGGUCAGGAUGGCUACAAAGACCGAAGAAGAGAAGCGCAGGCCUCUAGGCCAAAUCCUGCUUAAGGGAGAUAAUGUCUCACUCAUCCAAGCUGUUCAGUGAUCAUAGGGGCCGCAGUAAGCAUACGGAAAAGAAAUUUCAAAGAUGUUUUGCCAGGCUACGACAAUAUCUACUUCUCUUUAAUCAUGUCUUUUUACGGGUUGCCGCUGGGAGACACUCUUGCACAUCAAUUAAAUACACGGAGUUCUGACACGAGAGGGAAUUCUUUUUGGGCUACAGAUUAGUGAUGACGGACGAGGCACCCAUUGUCGCCGACGAUGAGAACAUCUACUGGCCAGUCAUGGUUUGCAACGGGUAUCUGUUCGGUCGAGGGCAGAGUUUGCUCCAUGAGAGAGAGGGCAACUGGGCGACGGUUAGGCAAGAAUAAAAAAUUGUGGUUCUUCAUGGAUUGGGAGGGUUCUCUUACCAAGUAAAGGCAUUUUUGGCGUCGUUGUCUUACUCUCAACCUCUUUGGAGUACCUAG